UGUGCGAGUCCAUGCGUCCGAAAAGUAGGUUAGCAGACUGGAUUGAGAAGGAGGGAGACACGCACACACACUCACCGCGCACUAACACUACCAGCUCUGCACGCACAAACGUGUAAUUAACGCGAUCUGAUCAGUUAUUUUAUAUUUUAAACUCCACACAGACGUUUAAGGAAGUUUUAACGUGUUUUUAAAAUUGUUAUUACUACUAUUAUUAGUAUUAUUACCCCCCCUCCCCCCGAUGAUGCGCUCCAUCGGAGCUGAAACGUUAUAUUGGGUUAGCUUAAUAAGCUUACUUAAGCUAACUACUCUAAGCUAGCUCUCCAACUUGUUUUCUUUUCAGCAUCUUGUGGACUUCCAAAAUCUAAGGGGGAAAAAUAAAACUCCAAAAAAUGAGAGCUCAAAUAGAGGUGAUUCCAUGUAAGAUCUGUGGUGACAAGUCCUCUGGGAUCCAUUAUGGUGUCAUCACCUGUGAAGGCUGCAAGGGAUUUUUUCGGCGCAGUCAGCAGAACAAUGCUAUGUACUCAUGCUCUCGGCAGAGGAACUGCCUGAUCGACCGCACAAACCGCAACCGCUGCCAGCACUGUCGUCUCCAGAAAUGCUUGGCACUAGGCAUGAGCCGAGAUGCGGUGAAGUUUGGACGCAUGUCCAAAAAGCAGCGUGACAGCCUGUACGCGGAGGUGCAGCGGCACCAGCAGCUGGCGCGCGAGCCUGAGGAGGCGGGCGAGGACAGCGGACUCAGCCGCUCGUACAGCAGCACAGGUUCCAGCACCUCCUUCAGUGAUCUAGACGACAUCACCACGCUACCCAACGGCCUGCUCUUUGACCUGCCACUCACACCAGGGGAGGCAGCUGAAUACUGUGCCUUUGACCUGCUUGAGGGCGGGGUCAGUAGUGCAACAGGGAGUGCAGCGAGCAGCAGCUCAUCCAAUCAGAGCUCUCCAGAGCCUAGCAUGCUGGAUAUAGUGGAAACAGGCCGAAUGAAGCACGAGUACCAGCUGCUUCCUGAGCCCAGCCUGCUCACGCACACCCUGUUGGGGGCAUUAUCCGAUGACUGCUCUUUGCUUGAUAUAGAGCGGAUCACUCAGAAUGUGGUGAAAUCACAUAUAGAGACGUGUCAGUACAGCACAGAGGAGCUGAAACGACUAACUUGGAACCUAUAUACGCCUGAGGAGACCCGCUCCUUCCAGCUCAAGUCUGCUGAGUGGAUGUGGCAGCAGUGUGCCGUGCACAUCACCAACGCCAUCCAGUACGUGGUGGAGUUUGCCAAGCGCAUCAGCGGCUUCAUGGACCUCUGCCAGAACGACCAGAUUAUCCUCCUUAAAGCAGGCUGCUUAGAGGUUCUGCUGAUCCGCAUGUGCCGUGCGUACAACUCCACCAACAACACAAUGUUCUUCAACGGCAAAUUUGCCAGCCCUCAGCUCUUUAAAGCACUAGGCUGUGAUGACCUGGUGAAUGCCAUCUUUGAGUUGGCCAAGAGCCUGUGUCGCCUGCAGUUGAGUGAGGAGGAGAUGGCCCUAUUCAGUGCCGCCAUCUUGCUAUCACCUGAUCGCCCGUGGUUAACAGAGAGUCAGCAGGUGCAAAAGCUGCAGGAGAAGGUUUAUUUGGCCCUGCAGCACAGCCUGCACAUGGGGGGAGGCAGUCAGGAGAAACUGGACAAGAUGGCGUCCAAGCUGCCGCAGAUGAAGUCAAUCUGUAACCUCCACAUCGAUAAACUGGAGUUUUUCCGGCUGCUUCACCCCGAAACGGCCUUCAGCUUUCCUCCUCUCUACAGGGAAGUGUUCGGCAGCGAGAUCAACUUCCCUGACUCCACUGACAGUUAGAAGCAAGGAGAGAGGGGCUGGGAGGGGGGAGGGGGGUGGAGAUAUGGCAGAAGAGGAAGAGAAUCAGAUUCACUGGUGCAGAGAGAGGACGUGUGAAAGAGAGGACGUCAAAGACGGAGGACUAUAAAGAAUAGUGUUAAAGAAUAGUGUUAAAAAGAAAUCGAAACCUGUCAAAACCUCUUAGCAGCCCAGACAAUCUGGCGUUUUUAGUUACUAUUAUGUACAAAGAGCACCACAAAUUAGUAUAGGGGCCAACACACAAUACUCCUCUCUCUACACACACACACGACAACACCUGAAAGCACUUUCGUAUUAUUUAAGAGUAUCUAUUAAGGCAGAGGUUCAUAAUCCUGUCCUCAGGGACCCUCUGCCUCCGGCACAGAUUUUUGUUCUGGUCCUUUUCUCAAUGCACUUCUACCAGACAUUUCCGAUCACCCAGCUCAGGUGCGGUAACAUCUGGAAUAAAACGACGUACCUUCCCCUUUACGCUUAACGCCGUGGACUAAUUAUGAAUGUAUGUCCCUAUAACAGCACUUAAUACAUAUGCGACCGAAUGUACAUACUGCACUUUGGUUCGCGGAAAUGCUUUACGAAACCCAUGUUGGUUACAUGUGACAAUCAAGAAUCUUCUUGAAACCAGUGAGUGCCCAGAUGUUUGGUAGUACAAAAGGACCAACCUCCACGAUCGACACAUUGAGUGUGCUGGUAGGGCUGGGCGAUAUGAUGAUACGAUAUCGAUAUCAUGAUGAAUAACGUCACAACACACCUUUCUGAAAAUAUCAUCAAUGAAACACUAGCAAAAUUCAUUGUUAUGGAAGAUAACAAGCAUAAAUAUUACUAAUUAAUUACUUUAUUUAUUUUUCAUGUUAAAUUGUAUGUUUCUGUAGUCAUCAAAGUGCAGCUCACCCUUGACUUCAAGGGUUCAGUAUGUUAUGCUGUUAUGCUAGCACUAGGGGUGUAAUGAUACGGUGCAUUGUAUCGUUUGUUACAAGGCUCUCAAUUCCUUAUGCUUGUAUAUCCAAAGUUAAUAGACUAUCCAUCAUGAAAUACCACUUGUAUCACAUGAGGUGUAAUAAACGUUUAAACUUAAUCAAGGCAACGCUCUCUCAGACGAAGUAGUGUAUCUCAAAACUUUAUCUCGAUUCAGGAGUUUGCAAAAAGCACGUUUGUCUUAAACAUUCUAUGUUUCACGCGCUAAUACAGCUAGCAUACUAGCCAGAGAAAUCCAUUCAGGCAGCUAUAAAUCUCUGAUUCAACGCGAGCGUAAGAAAUCUCCACUGUAAUUGGAAAGUUCGUAUUUUGUAGUGGGGAACACAGGAUUCAAAAACACAUCCAGGGGUACAGAGCGAGCUAACAGCAUAAUGGGACACGUCCCCUGGUGAGUCAAACCAGUGGAAGUUAGCCACGCUUCAUUAGGUUUCAUUCAAAUGCACAGCUCAGGGGUGUAACCUGGCAGGGCAUCUGGGGCUGUAGCCCUGAAGAUUUUCUCUUUAGCUCUGAAUAAUUCUCCAUGUCUAGUGCUAUGUCAAAAAAGCCCUCUUUGAUUCACGUGCGUCGAACACGAGUACAACUAAAAGGUCUCGUUUAUCAGCAAACAUCACUGCGAAAGGCAGUGCAAAACAAUUUUGCUCAAUCGCAAUGUCACCAAUUCAAGUAGUUCUCUGAAUUAAAAGUGCGAAAAAAGAACUCUGCAAAUUGCAUCGCAAUUUAAAAAAACAAAAACAAAAAAAAAAACAGCAAAAGCAAGCAUUUUGAUCCGCUACAAUCAAAAAACAAACUUCAGAAAUCCCAUACGGACUGUUUUGUUACGUGUUGCAAUGAGUCCGAACGAAUCACGCAAAUACUAUCAUUAUUACAUUUCGAUGUUUUAAUGUUUUCAGGAACUGAAAAUGACAACCCAAGGCACAUACUCAUGCAAAUGCUCAUAUGAUUACACCCCUGGCGAGCACUUCUGAAUAUCAUGAUAUCUCUUGUCCUCACUAUGAAAUAUUGCCAAAUCGCCCAAACCUACAAGCUGGCAUAGUUAAUAGUAUGCAAUAAAAAUGUGUCACAAAGUAGUACAUCAAGGAAAAAGAAGGCUUGUACAUGCUCACACUUCCUCAGGCUUGAGUGUUCAGACAGUGUUCGGUGCUGCUUUUAAGUUACUUUUGUUUUUAUUUUAUUUUUAUUUUUUUAAUGCAAUGAGAAACCUCAGUCCCAGUGCAUCUGUCCUUGUAAAUGGCACUUUUACAGAAAGUGUAAGAAUUGUGUUCCUUUGAAUUUAUGCAUUCAUUUAUAGAUAUUUUGAUGAAGGAUGCAUAUAAAUAGAUACAUAUAUGUAUAUGAACCGAGAGACACGGACAGGGGGGGUGUAGAAGACAGCAGGAGUAAAAGGAAUAGAGAACAGGACUUUCAAGAAAAAGCAAGGACUGGACUUGGGAUUUCCUAUUUGGCCAGGAACAAUGAACUGGCAACAGGAACUAGGCAGUGCAAACAAGGAACGUGCUCUUUUGAAAAAUGUUACAGCUGAUCGGCUAUUCCACUUUUCUGAGUGUUUUUUUAACAGAAAGGAUGCUUGUUACAAGACCACGUGAUGACACUCCAGUCAGAAGAUGCAUAUUUUUAACCCAGUGGUGAAGAAGGACAUGUUCAUGGACCUGCUCGACAUUCAGGAACCCUUUUUCAUGGCCGAUCUGAGUGACUGACAUGCUGUUGGAACUGUUCUGACAGCCGAUGCAUAGACACUCAUUGAUGAAAAAGAUGACUCAGUAUGUGACACACACACAUUACACACAUACACAUUCAUGCACACACAUGCAUCCAGGGCCGGUUCAGGUUUGUCCUCUGUAUUAUUUUGUAAAUUGUGGCUACCUGUUUUAGUGUCCCACUUCCUGUUUCUCCCCACCUUUCCUCCUGCUCGUACACUUCAGCAUGAUGAAAGGAUUCCUGUAUGUAAAGGCUUUUUGUAGUCUGUACCAUCAAACACUCAUACACUCUGAUAAUUCUCAGACACUACUCAAAUACUGUUACGUUCAAAUUUCUUCAAAAUCCACUGUAAUCUACAAGCACCCCCUUGCUACAGAACCAAAAGUCCAGGAGGUGGAGUUGGACCUGAUCCAGCUUGGGGGGAGUCGACUCAAAAAGCCAAGAAGUGGAGACAACUCAAUGUGGCUGAAUAUGUUAUGUGUUUGUACAGCAUUUUUAUAGGUUAGGGCUUAGGAUUAGGCUUAUAAGAGGAGUUGGAUCAGGAUCAGGUCCAGCUCCACCCCCUAGACUUUUAAUCUCAAAUUCUGAGCAGCCUGAAGCAUUCAAGAGAAACGAAGGCAUCAUUAGUACUAAUGAGGGUUUGCACAGUACAUUAUAUGUAAUUAUUUUAGUUUUAGGUGCAUGCAAUGUCAUCAUUUUUGAAGGUACAUGUACAGUACAUCACAAGGAGACUAAUCUCUCUGUGUGCUUAGUUUGCUCUGGUUAUUGGUUGUAAGAAGGGGAACAAAUCUUUUGUUUUCCAUCCACCUGUUACAAAAAUAAGCAUUUUAUAUAAAUCACUCAGGGAGCUAGCUGGUCUCUGUUCUACCAGUCUCCUAGCUUUGCCAACCAGACACAAAACACACACACACACUCACCCACACCCACGUAUGCACACAUACUGUAAAGGCACCCCACUUUUUGCACCGAACAAGAGACCCGUAUCCUCAAUCACUGUGUCCUGUAGCUAUAUAUUAUACAGUAUAUAUUUUUGUGAAUGUCGAACACAAAGUGUCAAAGACCUUUCCUCUUUCUUCUAAUGUUAAACUAUAAGAUUUUUGAGUCUGAAUUAUAUUAGGUAUAUUCUAUACACUAGUUUAAAAAAAUAAAUAAAGAUAAAAAAUUAUUCAUUGAUGUAUGUUGUUUUAAUGUGAGCUUAGUUUGGUUGGACUGUAACUGUUUUGUCCAUUUAUAAUUGCGUGUCCAAAAAACAUGUCUUGUUCGUUUCAUGGUCUGUUUUAACACCAUAGAAAUACCUAUUUUUGUUUUCCUUUCACAUUUAUUGGUGUUUUAUUACAAAAUGUUAGAAUCUCUUAACAAUUCAUCUCAUUGUAACACCAUGUUUUAAAAAAAAAUGUGCUUUAAAGAAUGUAAUAAAGUGGGUUUUUUUCUACUA